CAUCUCACACACAUACACACACUCCGAGCGCCACUGCAAUCAUGAGUCAAGUUUUGGCUAUCGAGCGCUGUGACCUUAACAUCGGAGGCAACAAAAGCAGCCAUCACACGGAGCUGUUUGCGGACCAACGCCUGAUUGUCCGACGGGGACAAGCCUUCACCAUCUUUGUCCACUUGAGGCCUGGCAGCAAAACACUCAAAGCACACGACACCGACCUCAACUUCAUUGUCCACACUGGUCCGCUGCCCAAAAAAGAAUCAGAAACUAAGGUUUCCUUCCCGCUCAGUGACUCCACCGUUGACACGGAGUGGAGUGCUUCGGCCACUCACGAUCGCGCUGGCAACAAAGUGUCCCUCACCAUAAUGUCGUCCCCCAAUGCACCCAUUGGACUCUACUCUCUGACUGUAGACCACCGUGGGCAGAAGACCACCUUAGGGCAAUUCACUUUGCUCUUUAACGCUUGGUGUCCAAAUGAUGCUGUGUACAUGCACGGCGAGGCUAAGAGGCACGAGUAUGUUUUGGCGCAGCACGGCCAGAUCUACAGAGGCACGCACAAACGCAUCAUGGGGACCCCGUGGAAUUUUGGACAGUUUGAAGCUGGAAUUCUGGACAUCUGUCUGAAGAUCCUGGACGAAAACCCGAAAUUUGUUUCGGACGCCGAUCAGGACUGUUCAGCCAGGAAAAAUCCUAUCUACGUGACUCGAGUCCUGAGCGCCAUGAUCAACAGUAAUGACGACAAAGGGGUCCUGGUGGGAGAGUGGUAUGACUUUACUGGAGGCAUUCAUCCCGGUCAGUGGGUCGGUACUGGGGACAUCCUGCGCCAGUGGGUGGAGAGUGGCCCCGUCCGCUAUGGACAGUGUUGGGUGUUCGCCGCUGUUGGCUGUACAGUGUCCCGCGCCCUGGGUAUCCCAUGUCGGGUGGUCACCAACUUUGGUUCGGCCCAUGACACUAACGCCAACCUCAUCAUAGAAAACCAUUACAAUGAAGAUGGGGAAAGGAUUUCUGAAGGGGACUCGGUCUGGAACUUCCAUGUUUGGGUGGACAGCUGGAUGACCCGUCCAGAUUUGGGCAAGGAGUUUGACGGUUGGCAAACUAGCGAUCCAACACCACAGGAGAAGAGUGAUGGUGUUUAUUGUUGUGGACCGGCUGCACUGAGGGCCAUUAAGGAAGGAGAGCUCACCAAAAAAUAUGAUGCCCCUUUUAUUUUUGCUGAGGUCAAUGCCGACGUGGUGGACUUGGUGCACCUGUCGAACGGAGAGCUUGUCAAGUUCAGCGGAUCCACGAAAUCCGUCGGACGCUUCAUCAGCACCAAAGCUGUCGCGUCAGAUGAGAGACAGGACAUUACAGAUGAGUACAAGUAUCCUGAAGGUUCCAAGGAGGAGCGGGAAGUGUACAAGAAGGCCCAGCACCACAACAAGCUACAACAACGAGGAGAGGACCCGGGCCUCCAUCUCAAGAUCAAGCUGGCAGAAAAUAUGAUCGUGGGUUCAGACUUUGAGGUGUACGCAGUCGUCACCAAUAACUGCAUGGUGACAAAGACGUGUACGCUACUCUUCUUUGCCAAAGCUGUGGGUUACAACGGUGGGCGAGGAAAGAGCUGUGGAUUCACCUCAGACAGACUGGAGGUGCCCGCUGGAGAAGAGAGACGACUGUACCUUAAGUUGGAAUAUGGUACUUACGGACCGGUGAUCACAUCCGAUCGACUCAUUCAGCUGUCAGCCAUCACCAUCGACAAGCAAAGCGUCGACUACCACAAGGCCGAGAAGACUAUAGUGCUUGACGAGCCACAUAUCGAAAUCAAGAUGCUAGGAGAAGCCAAGGUGAUGCGGCCAGUGUUGGUGAGGCUGACCAUGCUAAACCCGUUGCCGGAGGCGCUCCUGGACUGCAGCUUCACUGUUGGGGGAGCUGGCCUCGUCGAUGGCAAACCCAUAACACUCAAGAUUGGGCGUGUGGGACCCAAACAGGAAGCCAUGGACACCGCCAUGUUUACUCCGACCAUGGCUGGCUCCAGCAUGCUGCUGGUCAGCUUUGACAGUGACAAACUGAAGAACAUUAAGAGCACCAUCGCUGUUGUGGUGAAGGAACGGGAUACUUCACACAUAUAAGCCCACGCUCUCAUUUUCAAACACAUGGAAUGACAUACCGGAAUGCAUUGUCAGACAUAGGGAAAGGGGGGGGGGGGUCGUAUUGAUUACUUUUAUUUGACCUCCCCUCAUACUGUAUGUUGCAAUACGCAACACAGGUUGACUCGCUGCUAUAUAUCUCAUUGAUUGGUUACUAUGAAUUGAUCAUGUUUCGUGAUUUGAUAGCAUACCUGUCAACUUGUACGUUUUCCCCGUAUUUUAUACGUUUUUUAAAUUAUUUCAAAUCAUGUACGGCGUAUUACAACUUUUAUACG